AUGGAGUGGCUCUGGCCCUGGAUCCAAGUGCUGUGCUUUCUAGUGCUCACAGACCUGUUGUGGACUUUACCCAUCUCUAAGGAACAAUGGCCAAGCCUUGAGGACAUGGAACUGGCUGAGGGUUACCUGAGGAGGUUCUACCACAUGAGCCCCAGCAGUGGCCCCCGGCCCCGUAAUAGGAGGGCCACAGCCACCUCAGCCCUGGGGGAAAAGAUCAGGGAGAUGCAGGGUUUCUUUAGUCUGAAGCAGACUGGCAGACUGGAUCUACAGACACUCUCUGUGAUGAGGAAGCAUAGGUGUGGAGUGCCUGACGUGGAAAACUACAGCUUUUACCCUGACCAGAUCAAGUGGAAGAAUCACACCAUCACAUACAGGAUUGAUCAGUACACCCCUGACCUUACACAGGAGGAGGUGGAUACCUCAUUCCGUUUGGCCCUGAAGAUCUGGAGUGACGCGGCCCCACUGAAGUUCAUCAAGGUCAACCACGACAAGGCAGACAUCAUCCUCUCUUUCGCCAAAAAAACUCACGGAGACUUCUUUCCCUUUGACGGCCCCAAGGGUGUUCUGGCCCACGCCUUUGCGCCAGGGGAGGACAUGGGGGGAGAUGUGCACUUUGACGAGGACGAAAUCUGGACGAUGGGGCAUUCCAAGCUAGGUUACAACCUGUUCACUGUUGCGGCCCAUGAGUUAGGCCACUCCCUGGGCCUCUCCCAUUCCAAAGACCCCUCAUCUCUCAUGUACCCCAACUACAAUUAUUACAAUGGAGCACAGUACACACUGCCACGAGGUGACGCACUGGGAAUCCAGACGCUGUAUGGUAAGUAGAAAUCCGCAAUAACAUAAUUAUCACACGGUACAUUUUUGGGCAAGCCAGUCAGAAAACAGGAUCCACCAAACCUUCCUAAGAAGUGUGAUCCCAACUUCUCUGUUGAUGCAGUGGCAGUGUUCGGGAAGGAAAUUGUGUUCUUUAAAAACAGGUACAUGUGGUUGAGGACAACAUGGACGACAUACUGGAACCGUCUGAGCGAGGGCCCCAGCAGCACAUACCUCCCCAGCAUCUACUCUGCUGUGGACGCGGCCUAUGACAUCCCUGCCAAAGGCGUGGCAUAUGUCUUCGCUGGUAAUGUGCAGUCUGAUCGUCUCAAAGGCCUCACUUAG